AUGGCCGACACCAAGACGCUGCCCCAGAGGUCGGGCACCAUCAUGACCAACACGUCCAGCGACGAAGCCGUUCCCGAGGUUGACCCCACUAGCACCGCCGGACUCCUUGCAGAACGACUUCAAGCCUGGAAACAUGCUGUCGGAUACCUGGAGGACUACAUGGAGGUCGUUGAGAAGAUCCACAGGGCUCAUGCCAAGGAGUACGAGAAGGCUCUCAAGACCAUAUCCCACCCCUUGAAGGAAGGUCACCAUUUUGAUCAGAGCCUCGGCGGUGUCGCCGGCUACUUCGAGAACAUGCGUUCCAACACUCAGGCGAUUAUUAACACCAAUCUUGAGACGGAAAAGAGCAUCAAGGGAUCCGUUCUUCCCGUUCUUGAACGCCUGCACAAGGAGAUCAAACACAAAGGCAAGGAGCUAGCACACGGUGCCAGCAAGGGCGCCAAGGAGGUUGAGAAGGCCCGCAAUACCACCCAGAAGCACAUUGAGCUCCUCGGUCAACAAACUGCCGCCUUCGAGUCGGCUGGCGGUAAGAUGCACGGAACUGAUGACCCCUACGUCGUCCACCGGGGUGUCUUGCACAGGCUACACAAGCAGGUCCUCGAGGAGAACAACAACCGCAACGAUCUCAUCGCUAUUCAGAACAAUUUUGAAGCCUUCGAGGCUCACGUUAUCGGGGUCAUUCAGCAAGCGAUGGAGGCAUUUAUCCAGCUGACCGGCAGCCAGGCUGAGAAAACUCGCGCCCUCUACUCGGACAUGCUCGGUGCGAUCCAAAGAGUCCCGGCCGACUUGGAGUGGAAGGGCUUCGUCGGCCGCAGUGGCGACCGCCUGGUCAAUGCCAACGAUCCUCCCCGCUCAGUCGAGUCCGUCACUUUUCCCAACAUGGAUCACUCCGCUGUGAAGCCUCUCAUCGAGGGCUCUUUGGAGCGCAAGUCGCGUAACAAGCUCUCCUGGGGCUACUCCACCGGCUACUAUGUUGUUACUCCUGCCAAGUUUUUGCACGAGUUCAAGGACUCUGAUAAUGCCCGAGCUGAUCCCAAGCCGGAGCUUUCCAUCUAUUUGCCCGAGGCCAUUAUUGGGGCACCUAACGGAAACAAGUUUAACGUCAAGGGCAAGGAUAAGAGCAAGUCCAUCAGUUCCAAGCUCACCGGGUCCUCGGAGUUGGCCUUUCAGGCACACACUCCUGCCGACGCACAGAAGUGGUUCGACGUUAUUAAAAACGUUGCGGGAGCGACUGGACCUGCCGAGCCCAACUCAGCGCCCACUUCGACCCCCGUCUCUCCUGUUGUCGGAUCAGACGAGAAGAUGCCUUCAAUUGCGCCCGCCGCAACCACCCAAUCUGGCCACUCAGUACAAGAGGCCGGCGUCACAGGCGCUGACCCUACAGCAAGCCCGGAGCUGCUGAGCCCGGUCGAUGAGCCUUCUUCCAGUGCUGCGGCUGCUCCUGCGGCUACGCCUGCUGCGACGGCGCCGGUUGGCGAGAAGAAAAUCUAG